AUGCCGGUGACCACUAGGAGCAAGGGCAGCCAGAAGCAAACGCACUUGGAGGACUUCGACAAUAAGGAGGCAAAUGAAGCCAGAAACCAAAAUCCCAAGUCUAAGCGGGCACCACCUUCCACGACAAAGAAGCAGAGCCCCAAAGCUCGCUCUCAAAACAAACGCAAACAGCCUGGCAACCAAACCAAAACCGAAGAAACCCCGCGCCCAACAAAGAAGCAGAAGCAGAAACAGACUUCGAUCAAUCCAGACGAGGACGUCCCGCCGACGGAGGAAACCAGCAAACCCGUGGUCAUCAACCGGGCGCCAGUGCUGCAGCUGUGGGCCGCAUGUGUGUCACAGACACUCUAUCCGGCACUGCCAUGGAGCACGCAUUUGAGCAUCGGCUCCGCUAUCUCCACGCUAUGUGCCAUCUCCAAGGGCCGGGCGAUCGGAGUGAUGGAGCCGCCUUCAGACGACCCGGCCAAGCGAGACGAGAAGGAGCGGAAGAAACGCGCCGCCGAGGAGGGCGCGGACGACGAAGUCAACGUCAUGCGGUUCAGAUUGUUACUCAAAGAUGGAGCCGCGGUCGUGUCGGGGAAGCCGCACAAGGCCAACGAGGAGUUGUUGAAGGGCAAAUUCGGCGACGGGGACGGGUACGAAAGGAUCAAGCGCGCUAUGGAGGAGGCGAUUGAGACGUGGAAGAACAAAGGUCACGAGGAAGAAGAGCUUAACGGCAAGGCGUUCCACAUGUACGAGCAGUUCCGGCCGAGUGUGCAGAGCGGACAAGGGGGGUGGGGGAGGAAAGGGGAGUUGAGGCCCGAGAAGAUCAAGGCGGUGGUGGCGGGAGAGUGA